AAUAACAGUAUCUUGCAAUGACAUGAUUUAUUAAGAGUAUCGUGGUCGUCUCUAAUAGAAGCUCAAUACUAUAAAGAUAUCAACUUUUUGGCAAAAGUGCAGGUGUAUGAACAUCUUAUCUUGAGUAUUUUCAAAAGACAGUGAUAUGCCUUUGAAGUAACAAGAUACUUCAUUAUACCAAUAACAGUAUCUUGCAAUGACAUGAUUUAUUAAGAGUAUCGUGGUCGUCUCUAAUAGAAGCUCAAUACUAUAAAGAUAUCAACUUUUUGGCAAAAGUGCAGGUGUAUGAACAUCUUAUCUUGAGUAUUUUCAAAAGACAGUGAUAUGCCUUUGAAGUAACAAGAUACUUCAUUAUACCAAUAACAGUAUCUUGCAAUGACAUGAUUUAUUAAGAGUAUCGUGUUCGUCUCUAAUAGAAGCUCAAUACUAUAAAGAUAUCAACUUUUUGACAAAAGUGCAGGUGUGCUAGAUCUAUCAAAUAUUCAGUUCGACCUUGUUACAUCAUACAAAGGCAACAGUAACAGCCUCCGCAACCAAGAACUUGUUUAUGAGAUACACUUUGAAUAACGCAGAUUAUUUUCUCAACAAUCCAUCCUGGCUAAAGCAUCUGCUUAAUUCUUCUCUUUCACGUGCAACACUCGAUGAUACAAAAACAAUGAUACAAAGUGUGCAAGCCCUACCCAAACGUAGACCCGAAAUCAUUCACGUUGAACCUGACCUGGACUUGCUACGAGUCUCUCUCUCCCUCUAUUUUGAGUGCGUUUAUCAUCUGGCAAGAAAGAAAGAUUAAGAAAGAAAAAGAUAAGGGCUCUGUUAAAAGGAAAGAGAGAAAAAAGACUCGUAUCUACAUUUGUCGCUGACCUAGAUUACUUGAUACAGUUUUCUAGCAUACCCAUAUUUAGAUCAAUAUUCGUAAAGCUAGUUACAAAAUGUAGUAAGUAUUAAUGUAUUAAUGUAGUAAGUUAGUUACAAAAGCACAGUUAAAGAAUUGUUGGGCUUUAUUUUAAGAUAAAGAUCCUGCAAUAAUUAAUUCUUUUCCCGAGUUAUCCCCAAUUGAACGAGGAUGCAUCACCAACAUAUCACAGGUCCCAGAUCAGUUGGCAGUCUGCCACUGACUUUUACGAUUAUGGAAAAACUAUCUUCAAAUCUAUCUCGUUCCUUGUAUACCUUAAAGCGAUGAAAGUCAGAAAGAACGACAUAUUCGAGAAUCUAAACGGCCUUUUUUCCACUUUUCACACUUUCUCUUCAGAUGCCCCUAGAAUUAAGUGUAUGCGGUCACAAUAUGCUGUACCUUGCCCGCAUAAAGAUAAUCCUUUUGUUCAGGUUUGGAAAAGGAUCAAUAGAAAUAAUUGAAGCUCGCUUAUAAGAAUAUCUUGAUCGAAGAUCGCUAAACACCUGCGAAGUACCUGCUUCUUCACGUGAAAUGACUGUCUGGUAGAAUAAUACAUCUUCUAGGGCUUCUUGCUGUAUUCAUAGCCGUCAACUUUUUGGAUUGGAACAUCACUUCUGCUAGAUUACCAAAAGGUGAAGGAAUUUCAAUUAUCUUAAAGAAGAAAAGUCAAGCAUAAUCAUAUCACUUGUAGAAUGGGGCAAAAAGGGAGCAAAAAGCUAAAUAAUUCUGAAGAAAGCAAGGUCUCUACUGUCAUCACAGAACUAGCUCACUAUCUAGUGAGGUACAAACUGAAUUUUGAAGAAGGCACGAAAGAGCGGAAACAUUGCCUACCAAAUUACAUCUUGUCCUACACUCUUUAAUUGGCAGAGCCCGGUUGUCCUUCCAUCUAGCAGUUUUGAAAUCGAUCUACCUACAAACGAAAAAGCCGCCAUUGUGUAGACAGAAGGAGUUCGUUUUCUCUCUUGGACUCCAGUGGUAAUUUUUCUUAGGCACGCGACACUGAUUGGUCAACUAUACCGGUCUUGUGCUUGCAUUUUUCUGAUUGGCCUAUUUCGAUCCACAACUGGGUAUAUAUUUUUCAUCGUGUUCUUUCGGACUCUUAUUCUGACGUUUUAUGCUCUGAGAAGUGUCAGACAAAAAAGCUUUUAGCCAGUAUGUUACAAAAUGUAUGCUUUUUUCAAAGCCAUACUCUUUAGAGCAUAAACGUCGGGUGAUGAUUGAAUGUAAGAGGAAAAUUGAAUUUUCUUGAAAACCAGAUUUAACUCUUCUAUAGAAUUGCAUGAAAACCGAAAAUAUUUAGAAAUAUAAAAUAUUGAAUGAAUGCAUUGUAUUCAAUUUUUAUUUCGUUUUUCUCCGCGUAACUUUUUUCGCCUUAUUUUGCUGUUUUGUUCUCAUUCUAUCUGUUCUAUUAUACAUUUCUUUGUUUUCUUAAGCCUGAUUUACACGAGACGAAUUUUUCGCGUGAAGCGAAUUUUUUAGCUGCGAAUUUUUCUCUCGAAUUCGAAGUUCAAUUUACACUGGCAGAAAUUUUUAUGCGAUUUUGCUGCGAGUAUUGCAUUAUUAAAAAAGCAAGCAAAACAGCAAAAAGCGACCAAUAAGCAACCAACAGUUAAGCAAUUUGAAGAAAAUUCUUGCCUAUUCUUUUUAUUUCUGACAUAUUGGUAGAACGAUGAAACUUUCAAGCCAGUUUUCAUCAAUUUGAACUUCAAAUGUUUGAAUAAUAAUCUGCUAUGAAUCCACUUACAUGGAUUGUGUACGAGGAACAGGAAAUGAAUAAUUACCAACAAAUGAAAUAAUGACGUUUAAAGGCGAGAGUGUUUGAGAAGAAGAAUGCGGAAAGACGUAGGCCAUCCGAAACCAAAACAGAAGUCAGGUGUCUUCCAAUGCUGUUCUGAUUGGUUUAUUUUACAAGGCGAAAAAAUUCGCAGCGAAAAAGUAGGAAUGGUUUCUACUUUUUUGCAACAAAUUAUUCGCUGCGAAUUCGCUACGAAUUUUCUAAUCUCUUCUUCUGCGCAUAUUUUUCGCGGCGAAAAAUUCGCUUCGCAUGAAAAAAUUCGUCUCGUGUAAAUCAGGCUUUAGUUUUGCUCUUUGUUUGUUUUGUUUUUAUCUUUUAUGGCAUCUGCUUUCAUUUGUUUAACUUCGCUUUGUCUUGUUUUGCUUUAUUUUGCUCAUUUUUGCUCUGUUUGGUUUAUAUUUCACAUUUGUUUAUUGAUCUUUUUUGCCUUGAUUUUCUUUUUUACUUUAUGAAGUUUUUUGUCUUUCGUAAAUUUUACUUUGCUUUUCUUUGUCGAUGUUUGUAAAUUUUACUUUGCCUAAAUCGACCAAUAAGUAUCCUGAAAAUUUUUUCUCUUUACAAAGAAACCUGAUAUGUCAAAAAUCCAGGCCUAUAGCACCUAGAUAUAUAUUAGCUAAGUUAUGCUAAAUUAUGCUAAAUUAACUAAUUAGAGUCAGUCUGUUACACUUCAGUUUCCUUAACGGAAUGCUUUCUCCAAUAAAUGCUAAUGAUAAAUAAAACUCAAAAUUUGUUUAUAGUUUUUACUAAAGCGUCUUGUAGACUUUCACUUGAUCUUAACGGGAUUAUUUCAAUUUGUGAUCCUAAAAUUAAGGUAAGGACUUUAUUUGAUAAGAAAACACAACUUCGAGCAACUAUUUUCAUUUUGAAAAUUUUAUCCAUAGGUUUUUAGAAAAUUCAUAAACAUGUUUCUUAUAAUGAAAGAUAGUACCAUAACUUCGUAUUAUCAGUUUCUGAAACUAGAACACUAUCAAUCAAUUUUUGCAGAUGCCUAUUAGUCGUAGUUGUAUUGAGAAUUUUGAACAAAAUGUUACCACUCUAAGAUUCACCACGUUUAAUGCAGUCACCAGACAACAACUUGCAUUAUAAAAUCUACCAAAAUAGACAAACUGACGUUUUCAAAUCGGAUGCUGUGCAGCAGAUGCGUGGCGUUUAAUCUCUUCGAACAGGCGCUGCAUCUGCGGAGGAUUAAUGUAAAAUUGACAGCUAAUUUGUGUCGUUUGAUAUCAACUCGGGAUGUUAACGCAACAAAGUUUCGCCAAGGUUGGUUCUGGGCGGCAAGGAGUGAAGAAUUUCCAUAAAAGAAACCAAUUUCCUGCAAAGGCUGUUGGUUUGCAACAGUACUAGCUGCAAGGAAGAUUUUCGGCAGCCAUAUUACCAGAGCCAUAAAACAAACAUUAUAAGCGCAGCCUAAAUCAAAGUUCCAUGCAUUCGUCUCACCAGAGCACAAUCCGCACUGCAUUGAUAAUGAUUGGCAAAAAUGAACACUGUAAAACAGCUACGGACAUCAAGGACUGGUUCGAAGAUUCACCAGAUGGUAGAAUUGAGGUAAAUGACUUUGAACAGGUUCAUAAAAGUGGAGACAGCAGAAAAGGCGAAACAUUCGACGUGAAACUCCAGAGAUAUCUGUCGCAGUCCACUGGUAUCUUAGUCAUCUGCUCAGAAGAGUUGAAAAGUUGCAUAGAUAAUAAAUCCGUUGUUGAUAUAACCGUUAAUGGGGUGAAAGUUUCUCUUAAUGGUGAGUUGGUGCUCAAUUUCCUGGAAGAGGGGGACAACAAGUCGAAAGUAAUCCCCCUGUUAGGAACAAGAGAACAUCUACCAACUUGCCUGGAAAAUAACACGUGUUAUAUUGAAAUACCUGGUGAUAACAUAAAUGAAGAUCGUUUGGAGAUGAUAUGCACUGAAAUAAGAGGAAAGCUCGAGGAAUUCCACUCCAAGAAGAAAUGAACAGUGGACGGCUGACAAAUGCAAUUUCAAAUUAUGAAUAAUACAAAAAUUAAUCUGUUGCCGCAUACGUUCAUUGCCUACUUUGAGAAGAUUGAUUAAACGUUAGAAACAUAGACAGAAAUUGUAUGUAGUACUUUGGUAAAUGCCAAGGGUUCAGCCUUGAAGUAAAAGUUUUGUUGCAAUGGCAACCCCUGCAUCUAGCUUUUGCAAACAAAUUAUGAAAGAAGAUUUUUUUACUAACAAAUUUAUCGAACUAUAAUGUUGAAAUAAAUUCUUGCACUUUUGGGUGCAUGUUAUGUUUGAAUAAGUCAUUUUACCGUCUGAAUUGAAACGGUCUCAUGAACCAUAAAAUUGUAUAAGCGAUUGUACAAUAAAAUUAUAGAAUGGACAUUUCUCCAACAAUAACGAAAUAUUAUACAUGCCACUGUGGUGAUGUGCCAUGAAACGAAAAAGGAGCCCAGGUAAGAGGCUAUUUACAAGGGGGCUCAGCCCCUUUGAACAACCCCCACCCCAGUCCUACACCCCACAAACAUUCAUCGAACGUAGUCUAUUUAGGGAACAUGAGAGAGUAUAGGCCAUUUCCUUGAGAAUGUUCUAGAAUCACUCUUUCUUCUUGAUUAAAGUAGGCUUAUGUUUUUCUGGUAGUUUAAGCUGUAAUUUAAGAAUUUCUAAAUAAAUCAUAGAUAUACAUUUAAAAUUAGAAGCGCAUUACAUUUAAAAUUUAUUCAUCAAUUUAUUAAUGACA